AUGAAUGUCGCCGUGAAGUUGCAGUCUGUUGUCCGACGGCCAGGCGUAUACUGCUUCAGCGGUGCUCUUCGGCGUACGAGACCGCAAUGGCCGAGGCAUUCGAGUGCCCUUGCGGCCAACGAUGGGACGCUGCCUCUAGCAGGAAUUCGUGUGCUUGACAUGACAAGAGUCCUGGCUGGUCCAUAUUGUACACAAAUACUGGGAGAUCUGGGGGCAGAAGUUAUCAAGGUUGAGCAUCCGGUUCGUGGUGACGAUACGCGCGCCUGGGGUCCACCGUGGGCGAAGUAUCAAGAUGAGUCGAAAAAGGGACCAGGCGAGAGCGCUUAUUAUCUAGCCGUCAACCGCAAUAAGAAAUCAAUUGGCCUUUCGUUUCAACACAAAUCCGGCGUCGAGAUCUUGCACAAGCUGGCCAAGGAUUGCGACGUCCUGGUCGAGAAUUACCUUCCGGGAAGCCUCAAAAAAUACGAUCUAGACUACGAAACACUCAGUGCCAUCAACCCUAAGCUGAUCUACGCCAGCAUCACCGGAUAUGGACAGACAGGACCAUACAGCAAUCGCGCCGGAUACGAUGUCAUGGUCGAGGCAGAGUUUGGUUUGAUGCACAUCACAGGCUCGCGGGAUGGGCCUCCCGUGAAGGUCGGUGUUGCGGUGACAGACAUGACGACGGGUCUCUAUACCUCUCAAGCGAUAAUGGCGGCCCUUAUUGCCCGUGCAAGAACCGGCAAGGGGCAACAUAUCGAUGCUUGUUUGAGCGAUUGCCAAGUUGCGACUCUGGCGAACCUGGCUAGCUCGGCCUUGAUCAGUGGAGAAAAGGAUUCGGGCCGUUGGGGCACAGCACAUCCGUCCAUCGUGCCUUACCGCAGCUACAAGACUCUCGACGGUGACAUCCUAGUUGGCGGUGGGAACGACAGGUUGUUCGGCGUUUUGAGCGACCGACUGGGCCAUCCUGAGUGGAAAACCGACGCUCGUUUCAUCACCAACAGUGACCGAGUGAAGCACAGAUCAGAACUUGACGGGAUGAUCGAGGAUAUAACCAAAGAGAAGACGACGCAGGAGUGGCUCGAGAUUCUUGAAGGCUGUGGGAUGCCCUAUGCGGCAGUAAAUGACAUCCAGGGAACCCUCAACCAUUCUCAUGUCCAGGCACGAGGGAUGGUAAAGGAAGUCGAGCACCCGGUCUGCGGCCCCAUUAAGCUGGUAAACACGCCCAUUAAAUAUUCUCAUGCAAAACCCGGUAUCAGGACACCACCUCCGACGCUGGGUCAGCACACAGAUGAGGUUCUAGGGGAGCUCUUAGGCUUCAAACAAGACGACAUCGCCCGCUUGAAGGAGGAAGGCGUGGUAUCCUAG